UAAGAAUCAAAUUGAAUAGAGUCUCCAAGGUUUUUACGUGCGAGAGCAGAUGAUAACAUUCGAUUGUAUACCUUGGAAUGUUUUCAGAUGCAUCUUCCCUGUAGUAGCAUAGAAAACAUGUCUGCUGUGGUGAACUGUAUGGAAAGCAAAAGUGAAUACUGGGAUUUAGUUUCUGAAACAGUGAUUACAGAUCUAAUGCCUUCUAUUUUUGUAAAACUUUGAUCCAUUAUUUUCUUAUUUCAGUCUGUCUUGAUUAUGUGGGAAAACAAAUCAUUUUCAGUGGACUAAAGAGGGAUAUUUUUUUUGCUCUUAAAGCUAAACAUGUUAAACCUGCAAGAUAUUGUGACAUGAAAGCAAAGAUGUUUUUACUUACGUCAGGAAAAGUUAAGGUUCUUGCAGCAGUGUUAACUGACCUAUUCUGUGGAUGCAUCGUAAUAUACAUAUCUAACAACCUAUGUGACACUACAGUAACGUGAUCAAACUGACAUUGAUGUGGAAAGUUGAAUCUUAAGCCUUGGAAUAUUUCUAGGUUUCUAGGGAAUUUACAUGCUAUUGAGGGUUUUAAGGUGACCUCUAGCUAUACUCCACUGAAGAAAAGGAAGGUGUUUUUAGUGGAUGCAUUUUGGCACUGCUUUGCAGUCUUGCUCCUGUUGUGGAAAGAUUAACCUGGCAAGGGUGAGUCAGGAGCUUGUGCACUUGGAAAAGAGUAGCAGCACUGGAACCAGGGGCAUGCUAGAGGUACUGUGAAUGGGAAGAAAGAGGGGUGGUUAGGAGUUCUGCUUAAAGGUAACGGAGAAGGAGAGAAAGCACAGAACAGCAUUAGCUACUGCUGUUUCUUUGCUAUAUAUUUAACAUUUACAUCAUCUUUGUGUAAACUUUUCCUUGUUAAGCCUGGCUUCCUGGGAACACAAUGUCUGUGUGACUAUGCCAUGUAUCCAUUUUCUGGAUUUUGAUAAAUCUUACAGGUUUUGGACUGGCGGCAGGGUAAGGGUAGGGGAAAGGAACACAAAGGAAAAGUUGGGCUGUUUUAUUUUGUGUCAUGUGUUUUGGCACCAGCUGGCACGCUCUGCAACUGCAGUAGAGGUCUGAGAUAAUACAGCACACACAGCUUCUUCCUGCUCAUUGUAGUGUUGUGGGAGACCUCGGGAAAGGUUGAAAAGCAAGAGUUACUGAGCUACCUCUUCUUUGGAUAGGUCUCUUAUGAUAUGGAAGCUGAAGAAGCAGUGCAGAGCUUACAAAUUUGUGGGUCACGAGGAUGCUGUGACCAGCGUGCAGUUCUCACCAGAGGGGCGGCUACUUGCUUCAAGUUCCCAGGAUCGUACUGUCAGACUAUGGAUCCCAUGCAUUCAUGGAGAAUCAUCAGUACUGAAAGGUCAUACAGCAUCUGUUCGUAGUGUGAGCUUCUCGCAUGAUGGCCAAUUCCUAGUUUCAGCUUCCAAUGAUAAAUCGAUAAAAAUAUGGAGCGUUCACCGUCAGCGACUUUUGUUUUCCUUAUUCCAACACACUCAUUGGGUUCGCUGUGCCAAAUUUUCACCUGAUGGAAGACUAAUAGCAUCUUGCAGUGAGGAUAAAUCUGUGAAGAUCUGGGAUACAAGAAAUAAAAUAUGUAUUGAUAAUUUCAUAGAUUAUGGAGGGUUUGCAAAUUUUGCAGAUUUCAACCCAAGUGGUACAUGUAUAGCUUCUGCAGGUUCUAACCAUACGGUGAAACUGUGGGAUAUUCGAAUGAACAAGCUAAUACAGCACUACAGAGUUCACAGAGCUGGGGUUAAUUGUGUAUCGUUCCAUCCUUCUGGUAACUAUCUCAUCACUGCUUCUUCUGAUGGUACCCUUAAGAUUUUGGACCUCUUAGAAGGAAGACUUAUUUACACGCUUCAUGGACACAAGGGUCCUGUUCUUUCUGUGGCUUUUUCAAAAGGUGGUGAAAAAUUUGCCUCAGGUGGAGCAGAUGGCCAGGUAUUACUAUGGAAAACCAACUUUGAUUCAUUUGAUUAUAAAGAAGUUCUUAAACACCACAUUAGAAGAAUACAUACUGAUGACCCUCCUCAUCUUCUUGAUAUUUACCCAAGGUCACCUCAUCUCCAUGAUGAAAAGCUUCAGUCAGUUGAGGUCAACCCUACCUUUGAUGUGACUGAUACACAAACUCCUGACCCACCUGUUGUAGAGAUUACUUCUCCAUCCUUCGGUACUCUGGAUGAUGUCAGCCACGAACAUUUGCAGUAUCCCCCUGCUUCAGUCUUGGCAACAAGUUCAAAGAGGAAGUCAGAGGACGAGAGUGAAUCAGCUAUGCAUAAUGUGGACAAGCAAAUAGACAUCUCCCCAUCUCUGGGUAAUGCUUUGGAGAACAUUGUGGAACAGCUGGAUGUUUUGACUCUAACAAUUUCAAUCCUGGAACAACGUCUGACUUUGACUGAAGAUAAACUGAAAGAAUGCUUAGAAAAUCAGCAAAAAAUUUUACUUCAGGGAAGACAGGAAGAAUAAAAGAUGAAAAUGAACUGUAUUGAUGAGUAUGUUUUGUAUAUUCACAAGGAAACAAUAAAUGUUGCUUCAUUGGAUUUCACUGUAAUUGGAAAAAAAAUUUCCUUUUCUAACUGUUGAUCUAAUAAAAACUGAAAAAAAUAUGUAUGACAUUUUAAACAUUAGUAGCAAGCAGAUAGUCUGGUUAUACAUUUAAUAAAGUGUAGCCCAGAUGAAAUUAAUAUUUUGUAAAAUCAUUCCCAAUGAAAGUUACAGGAUUCUUAUUUCAACCCAGUAAAAUCUUUAACUAAAACUAAACAAGCAGCUAUAUCUUUUUAAAUGAACAGCAAUCACUGUGGAAGUGCAUUAUGCAGGUUUUUACGGCUCAGGUAAGGAAAAACCUCUUUGUACUAAGGCAAUAUUACUCUAGCACCUAAAUUAAAUUAGGCCUAAUUAGCCCUGACUGCUUAAAUGCCAGAGGUUUUCUUUGUCUCUUACGUACUGUCAAAUAUUUUACCAAAAACUCAUAACAGUUACUGCUCAUAUUCUAAAUAUUUUAGUGAUGAUUGUGAGAAGAUUUAGUGUAAUAACUUUUAGUUAAAAAUAUGAAAAUGAGGUCACUUAAACUUUGAAACAAUAAGGGGAUCUGUGUGAAUCCAGCUGCAAGAUGUGCAGUCUAGCACUUCCACCAGAAUCCAUUUUUCAUAUUUAGAAGGUACAUUUCUGAGGAAUAUAUCUGAACCAAACACAUAAUGGUGCAAAGUUUAUAUCAGAAAUAUAAAAGAUCCUCAUCCUCCAGGGACUUCCACAGGUGCUCAAAUUUCACAUGCUACGAAUUCCCGCCAUAGCUUAACGCAUUACAAAUUAAGCUACAAAUCUGUAAAGAUGUCAUGUGAUUCAGUUUGCAAAGUAUAAUGAAUUUUGGUUUUAUUUGUAAUAAAAAAGUGGUUUUUAGAAA